AUGUCGCAGCGGACGUCGUGCGCGCGCGACGCGCCGGUGAAGCGCGGCGCGCGCCAUCGGUGCGCCGCGGCGCACCAAACGAAACGCCUCGCGCGGCGCGCGGCGCCGGCGCCGCUGUUCCAGCCGGGAUCCGUCGUCGCGCGGUUCGUGGACGCGGCGAAAAAUCAAAUCGAUUGGGACCGCGCGGUCGAGUGGGCGAACGGCGCGACGGACGGCGACGGCGACGCGAUCGCGAGCAAUCCAGCGAUCGGGUUGAUUCUGGGCGAGGUGAGGACGUGCGGCGCGGACGCGGCGGCGCUGCGAGGGACGCGGUCGGGGAGGUACAAGGAGUACGCGCUGCAGCGGACGCUCGGGAUGAAGGCGGUGCUGACGCGAGCGACGACGGAGGCGGGAGUGCUGGACGCGAAGACGCGGUGCGCGAUCGGACGAAAGCUGGCGGAUCCGUCGAGCGGGGCGUCGCUGUUUCACGCGUACGCGAAAAACGCGGACGCGGCGAUGGACGCGUUCGUGAGGGGGGUGGAGGAGGAUUUGAGAGAAAUCGCGGACGGCGACGAGGCGGCGUUGGAUUUGGCGAGAACGAAGAAUUUUUACGGCGAACGCGUGACGGAGAGACACUUCGCGUUCGUGAACGAACAACUCGCGAACGCGCUCGCGAAGGCGGACGAAUCGCGCGGGUCGGCGGCGCAAAAAGUGAAGGUGGUUCCGGUGUUGGUGCCGAACACGGACGCGACCGAGGACGAGGAAGAGGACGACGAAAACGCCGACUUCAUGUUUGGUAAAAAGUCAAAAAAGAAGAAGAAGAAGGCCGCCGCCAACGUUUCUGCGGCGAGCGUGGCGUCCAUCGCGAGCGAGGUGUCCGCGUCUUCCACGUCGUUCGUGGACGCGUUGACGAAGAUGGUCGCCUCGAAGAUGGGUUCGACGAAGGAGCCGGCGUUCCCGGAGAUCGAAUCGUGGGGUCAAACGACCUCGGCCGAGGCCUCGGGCGCGGUCGUCGCGCUUCUCGCCGGCGCCCCGAGCGGAUCGGUGGUUAUUUUACCCAGCGAAUUAAUGCUUCGAACGCUCACGUUCGACGUCCCCGCGGGCGACGCCGUAAACUCAAACGGCGCUCGCGCUUUUUGCGUCGAUUCGAUUCCAGACGACGUCGACGCCGAGUGCGCGCUUUGGGUGUCCUUCGACCCUAACGACGCCACCGAAGGCGCGUGGCGAGAUCCCAAAUUCAAGCGCGCGUUCAAAGCGCUCGCGAAAGUUCCCGUCGUCGUCGCGCUCUUAUCCCGCGUCCCGGAUGUGCCGAGCGCCGACGAGCUCGUCGCCGCCGCCGCCGCCGCGAGUUCGCGCGCGCACGAACGCUUAAACGCGAUCGAGGAUGAAGAGUAA